UCCCCCCCUCUCUCUCUCUGCCCCCCUGGCUCCGAUAGAAACUAGAGCACUACAUCAUCAUCAUCAUCAUAAUCGUCCUCUCCUCGAGACACGCAUCAAAGUUCACGUCGCACCGAAACACAGGUGCUUUGCAGCGCGAGACCGUCGAUAACGGAGUAAAAAGACUGUCCCAUUUAACCGAUCACAUCCCAAACCUUUUUACAUCAGCAGUUGUUGUUAUUAAUGUGAGUAGAAAGGCUACAGAUACGGUCGUUAUCAUGUCUGACUGCAGGAGGCAGUGGAACCGGGAGAACGAGCUGCCGGUCUACCUGGCAGGAACGAUUACAACCGGGCCGAACCAACGGAAAUCCUACGGGAUGUUUUCCUCGGCGGAUGGCGCCUACGACAGCAAGACUGUAGACUGUGAUAACUUUGCCGCGGGAAGGAGAGGAACCAGGACUCCCAGGAGCGUCAGCCGAGACAGGCUCCUCGACCACACCGAUGACGACGUUCCUGAGACGGCAAGUGAGGUCCGGGCUGUCGGUUCUCAGGUCAGCUCACCCGGGGAGAGAGAGGAUGUGAGGCCGGGUGUGGAGAUUGAGUACCCGGCAGGGAGGCAGUGUCACUCCGGUCAGAAGAAUGGAAAGAGUGAGAGGUUGCUGAUUAAAGGGGGUCGUGUGGUGAAUGACGACCUGUCUCAGUAUGCAGACGUCUAUGUGGAAGAUGGCCUUAUAAAACAGGUGGGUGAUAACCUGGAGGUACCUGAUGAUGUGAGGGUGCUGGAGGUUAAUGGAGGUCUGGUGAUACCUGGAGGUAUAGAUGUGAACACCUGUCUGAUGAAGCCUCACCUGGGCUGUCCACCUGUAGACGACUUCUACCUGGGCAGCAGGGCCGCGCUGGCCGGGGGCACCACCAUGAUCAUUGACCAUGUGACUCCUCAGCCGGGUGACAGCCUGCUGGAAGCGUUUGAGCGCUGGCAGGAGUCAGCUGACAGGAAGUGUUGCUGUGACUACUCGCUGCACGUCGACCUGCCGCAUUGGCCCGGGGUCAAGGAUGAGCUGGAGGUUCUGGUGCAGGAGAAAGGGAUCAACUCAUUCCAGGUGUAUAUGUCCUAUAAGGAUUCGUUGCAGAUGACUGACUCUCAGUUGUAUGAGGUGUUCUCCGUCCUGAAGGAGUUAGGGGCUGUGGUGAUGCUGCAUGCUGAGAACGGAGACCUCAUUGCUCAGGAACAACGUAAGGUCCUCAGCCUGGGAAUCACUGGACCUGAGGGACCCCUGAGUCACCCUGAAGAGCUGGAGGCGGAGGCAGUGUUCCGUGCCAUCACCAUCGGCAACAGAGUCAACUGUCCCGUCUACAUCACCAAGGUGAUGAGCAAGACUGCUGCCAACACCAUUACCUUGGCCAGGAGGAGAGGUUCCGUUGUGUUUGGGGAGCCCAUCACAGCCAGCCUGGCCACAGACGGAUCGCACUAUUGGAGCAAGAACUGGGCCAAGGCCGCCGCCUACGUGACAUCACCGCCGCUCAGCCCCGACCCCACCACCCCAGAACACCUCCACGACCUGCUGGCCUGCGGGGACCUGCAGGUGGUUGGCAGUGCCCACUGUGCCUACAGCACGUCCCAGAAGGCCAUAGGAAAAGAUGACUUCACCCUGAUCCCCGAAGGAACCAACGGUAUCGAGGAGAGGAUGGGCUUCGUCUGGGACAAGGCUGUGGCCACGGGUAAGAUGGAUGAGAACCAGUUUGUGGCGGUGACCAGCACCAACGCAGCUAAGAUCUUCAACCUGUACCCACGGAAGGGACGCAUCGCUGUGGGUUCUGACGCUGACAUCGUUAUCUGGGACCCAGACAGGACCAAAACAAUCACCUCCAAACUGCAACAGUCGGCUCUGGAGUAUAACAUCUUUGAGGGGAUGGUGUGUCGGGGGGGUCCUGUCGUCGUGGUGACCCAGGGGAGGGUGGUCUAUGAGGAGGGGGAGGGGCUCCGCGUCCAGCAGGGUUCAGGACGCUUCAUCCCCCGCCAAGCCUUCCCAGACUACGCCUACCAACGCAUCACGACCAGGAGCAAGGUGAAGGGGAAACAAGGUGUGUCGCGUGGGAUGUAUGACGGGCCGGUGUACGAUGUUCUGGCCACGCCCAAAUACAUAACGCCCUCCCCUUCUGCUAAAACCUCGCCCACCUCCCAACAGCCCCCACCAAUCAGGAACCUCCACCAGUCCAACUUCAGCCUAUCAGGGGCUCAGUUUGAUGACAACAUUCCUCGGCGCUCUGGCCAACGCAUCGUAGCGCCACCUGGUGGCCGAUCCAACAUCACCAACCUGGGAUGAGCAGCUGGGAACAUCACCUUGUUUUGUGUGUUUGGCCUCACAAUAUUCUAGACUCGAGGCUCAGCUAUGUCUGCGUAACAAAUUGCACCUUAUUCCCUAUCUAGUGCACUAUUUUUAAUCAGAGCCCUAUUCCCUGUAUUAUGCACUAUUUUUAACCAGAGCCCUAUUCCCUAUAUAGGG